AUGAUACUCGCACGAUCUGAUAACACAAAAAAGCCCCGAAGUGACAUUCUUAUUGAACUCUAUUUUAAGUUUCACAUAAAAGAUCGUCGUAUUUUUAAUUCUUCUUUGUCAAUAGCGAAAACUGACAAUCUCGAUCAAGUGUCUUUAGCUUGGCAUUGGGACAUGGAAAAUCUUCCGUUAUAUCAGACGGAAAAAAAUCUUCGUCUUAUCAAAUGGAAAAGUUCUAGUAGACUGUUUGUGAAUGAAAAGAAUCAAGCUUCAUCACAAAUGAAACAGGGAACAAUGAAAUUGUUUAAUUACCUAAUAAUAAUCGACUACUAG